AUGAAUACACUUGAAGCAGAAUAUUCUUUUUUAACCCCAACAUGGAAAUUACCAUCGGUAUCAACUUCAUCGAUAUAUCCUCAUACUUAUGGUAAUUCACUUCCAUCUAAUGUACCAACAUCAGGUCCAGAUUGGACAUUAUGGAAUAAUACAAUGUACAAUUCACGAUAUAUUCCUGCAUAUGUUCCUUCAACAAAUGUUCGUCGUAAUUAUCCUCUAUCAACAAAUUAUCCACGAGUAGGACCAGUUGUUAUUCCUCAACAUCAACAAAAAAAUUAUCAAACACUUGGAGAUCAAUCUGGUCCUCCUUAUUAUCAACAAACAAAUAAUCUCUAUGGUAAUCAUAAUAAUCCAGAAGAUGGUCUUAAUUUAACAAUUAGCCUACAUCCAAAUACUGAACAUGAAUUUUAUAAUGAUAAUACUAAUUAUGGUCCAUCAAAAACUCAAAUGGUUAAUCGUGGAUUAACAUAUGCAACAAAUACACAAAAUAAUCAUCCACCAGUAAAUCAAAAACGACGUGUACAAAUAAUUGAUCUUAAUCGUCAAACACCAUCAACAGUUAUCAAUGAAAAUUUCUCGGAAAUAAAUAGUCGAAAUUCUAAUUACGCACCUUCAUAUUCACAUUAUACUCAUACACCUGAACCACAUAGAUCUCAACAAAAAUCUAAAACACCUAUAUCAAGUCAACAUCAUGAUCAUUUAGAUGAAAGUAAACAUGGUAAUGAUGGCAAUAAUUUUAAAAUUCAUGAAUAUCUUUAUGGAUUGGCUGCACCUGAUCCUGGUAGUUAUGCAAAUGCAUAUAAACAUCAUCAACGUCGUUUACAAGAUGAAAAAUUAGGUCGUAAAUCAGUAGUAAGUGAAUAUAGAACUUUUGCACGAAAUGGUGGUUUUGGUCCUGCUUUUGGAAGUACAGAUUAUCAAACAUACGUAGAUAAAAUUGAUACGGAAAAUCGAAGAAAAUAUUAUUCAAAAGUUGUACAUGAUACAAAUCAAUAUAAAAUUGAAGAACAAAAACGUACACAUCAUAAUGAACAUAAAAAAAAUCGUCCUGCACCCGUACCUAAAUAUCAACGGGCUCGUGAAUAUGCUGACAAAAUUGAAAAACCUCAUCAUAUGAAACCAGUGUAUCAAAUAGAAUAUUCAUCAUUCAUUCCAAUUCUUGCACCAAUAAUAAUAACAUCUUUAUCACAUAUUCGACGUCAUUCAAGUUUAGACUAUAUUCAAUAUUCGAAUCAAAAUGAUUUUCUAUUAGAUGAAUUUAAUAUUCACCGUACAAAACGAUCAUUAUCUUUACCAUCAAUAAUAUUAAAACGACGUAUCCAUUUUAAUAAUUAUAACUUUCGACGACAUCGUUCUAAUAGAUUUAUUGAUUUACCAUCAUAUAUUAUUGGAAAAAGUAUAUCAAAUCGUUUAACAACACAAAAAACAACUUCAAAUAUUCUCAAUAAUGAAAACAACGAGAAACAAAUAAAUAAUCUUAAACAUAUUGAAAAAUCUGCAAACGAUUCCUUACUAUCAAUAUCAAAUAAAAAUGAAACAAAAUUCAUUACUUCACACAGUAUGAUACUAACAAAAAAUAUGAAAGUACCACCAACAGCGACUGUAGUGAUUAAUCAAACAUCUAAACCUUUACUUAUAGCACCAACAUCAAUAAAUAAUAAUUUGAAAAAAACUACUUCAAAUAAGAAUGUUAUACAAUAUCAACGACCAUUGACUGCAUGUUCAAUCCCAGAUUCAUAUAGAAAAAUUAGAACAAUGUUAAAUUUAGAUUUAGACUUACAAAUAAAAUCCUUUUCUAGAAAUUCAUCCAAUGAAUAA